CGGUAAACGUUUAUUAUUUUUUGAAGUUCAUCGCACGGUCAUACUAAUGAGAACGCAAUAAAAAUUUGGAAAAUCAAACAUUUACAAAAAUACGUAUAUUAUUCGGAUCGAUUGGGCGACUGUUUUGAUGCCAAGUGCCAAGGAGCUCCAUUAAUCUAGAAUGGACGCAUCUGCUGCCAAAAUCACGCCCAUGGCCAGUUCCACGUCCACUUCCGGAUCCACAAGCUCCCCCUCCAGUGACAAAAUGAACUACGCACUGCAAGUGGCGCUGCAGACGAUCAAGGAGCGGUGCAUCCAGCUGCAGCGCCGCGUGGCCAGCAUGGAGGAGGAGAACCAGCGGCUGAGGGAGGCCUCCAGCAGGUCGGAAGGUGCUCCGAGUGUAAACGAAAUCGGGGUCACUGGGGACGUACUCUCUCUGAAAGCACAGGUCUCUGAGCUGCAGCGCCAAAAGGAGCAGCUGGAGGAGCACAUUGGCAUGGUAUCGAACGAGAACAGACGGCUCUGGUCCCGCCUAUCGCAGAUCUCCAAGGAUCAGCAGCUGAAAGCAGUGCCCAGCUCAACAGACUCGCGAGCCCAGCAAAACCAGAACCUGGUGCGCUCCAAGACCUUUACGCAGCACUCCCCCAAUCCUCACCUUCGCCAAAAGAUGCUCUCCGACGGCAUUAAGGAUCUCAGCCUGGAGGAAAUAGCCCUGGAUGACUUCGGUGCCAGCAGUGAGGAACUAGGUUACCCCUACAACCUGCAAAAGGUGGAGGAAACCACUAGUGAACCAGAUGCCAAUGUGGAUGCCAAAAGAUGUUUGGAUGGACUGCAGGACCUGAGGCGAGAGGCCAUGAAGCAGCAGCAGGAGCUCAGAUCGCUAAUGACUCUACUAGAAAGUCGCAUAGCACUCAAGCCCUGUCCGGAAUGUGCCCAGAAAACCAUCAAAAAGCCUGAGAUGGCCGACAAAAGUCUGGAAACGGACGACAGCUUGACCAGCGAGCUGAAGAACUAUGAGAACCAACACAAUGGACACAAUGGAACGCCGCCCAGCCAGAGAAUUAACAUCAUACAAGAGAAAAUCAAAGCAGAUGCAGCCGACGCAAUGGAGAAGACCUGCCCUAUGUGCGGCAAGCAGUACUCCAGCCAAGUGUCCUUCAAUGCCUUCCGCGAGCACGUCGAGAUGCACUUCAUCGACGAUGCACUGGAGCUGGAGUCGGAGAACAGCAUUGAGCGCCAGUUUGAGUUCGUUUCCCAUGCGGUGGGUGACUUCUGACCCAGUAGGCGCAUUUAUUUCGCCACCGAACUCUGACCUGACCCGGGAAAUCCAAGGAUUAAGGAGCAGUUUGACUGCACAGGAGCCGCUUGUUACGUUUCUAUGGAUAAGACGUUAGGGCGAUCAUGUAUCAAAACUAUACAACAUUAUACUUUAAGAAAAUACAAAUAUAAUAGUUGCGGAGAGUGCAUGAAUACUUAGAUGUUAGUGACAGAAUACGAAAUACAGUUUAAAUGAAAAGCCUGAAAAA